ACACCUUCCAAGGAGAAAACACACAUGCACAAGUGCCUUUUCACAACACACACACACAUACACACAGAGCUCCUUCAGUGCUGAAUGGUGAGACAGCUUGUACUGCAUGAACUUGGAUAGCAACAUUUCUCCAAACUGAAGUGUUCAGGGAAGGAAAUGGACACACAAUCCUCCAUGCCUGAACUCUGACAUUGGAGGCAUCACAGAGCGAGCAGCAAAGGAAGAAAAAGGAGUCUUGAUAUUUCUGUCAGCUGAUUUGUAGAAUUUUAACAUGGGAUGAGCUUCUGACUCCAGUGAGUUUAAGUGACUCUCAGGUUUGGGUCUAAUGUACAGAUGUCUUCCAAAAACACUUGUGUUGCUUUUCUGGACACGUCCGUGCUCCAUAUAGCACCUCUCUAAAGGAACGUCCUGUUUAUGGCCAGCCGCAUCCAAGUGUAUCCUGACUGAGAUCCCGACCAGAUCUGGACCUCUGAGCUGGGACCCUCUAACCCUGGAGGGGCAGGAAGGUUGACGGGGAGAAAAUGCAGUGCACUACCCUCACCACCCUGCUGGUGGGAGUCAUGUUGUACCUGGUGAUGGGAGCAUUUGUUUUUGUCACCCUGGAGAAGCCCAAAGAGAGCCAGGCACAUAAAAACCUGCUUAAAACCAAACAAGAUUUCCUCAUUAAUAACUCAUGUGUCACCGAGUUGGACUUUCACAAGCUUGUGAAGGUUUUGAUGUCCGCAGUCGACGCAGGCCUGGAUGUGAGAACCCUGCCUGCCAAUUUGACCACCCGCUGGGACAUCGCCUCUGCCUGCUUCUUCUGUGGCACCAUCAUCACCACCAUAGGUUUUGGGAACCUCUCCCCUCGGACGUGGUACGGCCAGUUGUUCUGCGUGUGCUACGCCUUGGUGGGCAUCCCCAUGUUUGGCAUCCUCCUUGCUGGAGUGGGUGACCACAUGGGCACCGUGCUGCGGAAAGCUGUGGCCAGGAUUGAGACCCUCUUCCUGAAACGUAAAGUUGGGCCCACUACGGUGCGUGUGACCUCAGCAGUCCUCUCCAUCCUAAUUGGCUGUCUGAUCUUCCUCGCUGUGCCAACAGUCGUGUUUCAGAAAGUGGAGGACUGGUCUUUCCUGGAGUCGCUCUAUUUUGUGGUCAUCACUCUUACCACUGUUGGCUUUGGAGACUAUGUACCAGUUGGAGGUAAUGAAGACGACAGCUUCUUCAAGCUUCUGGUGUUGCUGUGGAUAGUGUUUGGUCUUGCCUACUUUGCCUCUAUCCUCACCAUGAUAGGCAAGUGGCUAAGGGUGCUGUCUGAGAAGACCCGUGCUGAGAUGGAGGGGCUGAGGGCCCACGCAACAGACUGGACGCAGAACAUGUCCAAGGAUUUCCGCAUCCCAAACCCUUUGGAAUUCAAUGACCCCUUCCUCCUGCAACGUCGACGCUGGAAACGAAGUGAGCGGCGACACAUCCGCCGGGGAGCCCAGGGUACACUGGGAUACUGGGCACGAGGGGGAUCUGAGAAUGGACACUUGCCGAGUCAUAGGGCUGGCCUAUCUAGCUCCAUGAGCGAGCUGCAGGACAAUCCAUCCCUGGAAAGGGCGAUGGCAAUCAACCCAAGGGCACAGGUGAGUGUGGCUGGAGGAGGAAUGGUCCUGAAAGCAACAGUGGGAUUCAGGGUUGAUCCUGCUGUGGUUCUGCAGAGGCAGGGUAGGUCGUUUCCUCACCUGCUAUCCCGCUCAUUCUCCGUCCCUGUGACCCGCUCUGCUUCACAGCUAGACAUUGCAGGUGCACAUAUGCAGGAAGGAUCACUCUUUGGAUCUGAGUCUGCGUUUGACUCCAGGUCAGAUGGCUCCUCAGUCUCCUUGUCUUUCUCCCCAAGUUCCAGCAAGUUCCAGCCGUGCUGUACCGUCAGCAGCAUGGAGGAGCGAGGAGUGAGAGCUGUACACAUGGACACAUCAGAGGGGAAGGAUGAACUGAUUCCAGAAAAGAACUGUGAAUCUCCACUAAACAGAAGCCACGAACCCGCACCUGACCCUAGUUUUCCAUCUCACUCCUCCCCUGUGCCCCCGUCCAUCCCCCAAGUCCUCCUUCCCUCCCCUGACAUCACCCCCUCCUCCUCACGAGGCUGCCAGCUGCUCGACUUCUUUGGUGAAAACUUGGCAUACAUCGAUGAGUCCUCAGACACCCUGAGCGACCGCCCCCAAUCCACGACGAGCGAGGAGAAGAGGAGACGGUCUCGAAAGCCUAAGAGGAAGAGCAUGAGGAGGCAGCUAUCACACAGGUGGAGCCUGCUGCAGGUGAGGAGGCCCAGCAAUGACAUGCGGCCACCAUCCAAUCCUCCAACACCACCUCCAGACUCCUCUCUUUCAGACCUGUCACUACCCGAGAACCGGACAGAUGUAGCUCCUACACUCUGACGAUCACCAAAGUCCAGGCCUGUGGGUUUACACUACUACCAGCUAGAAGACACAUGCUGCUGUUCUGGAUUUUUUCUGUGUGUGUGUGUAUUUAUAGUUAGCCUCACAAAACCACUUCAACAAUAUUGCUUUAUUACUUAGUUGUUGCUGCUAGUGUGCCUAAAGCAAUAUAAGCCGGAUUUGAGUUACUAGGUUGCUCUGACAUUGUGCAUCUAAACAAAGAGAUAUUCCUGCCUUUCAGUGAGGGGAAUCAUGCAACUUUAAAUGAACCACACCUGGUGUAAACAAGUUUCAGGACUCAGUGAGUCACUUCAUUACCCAGAUGUCAUUAAACAUAAUUAUCUGCUUUGUUUUGAGCUGCUGAGCUCACUCAAUUCUCGGCAGACUGACUCAGAACUAAAUCUCAGAUUUAAUCUGGCUUUGUGAGGCUAACUUUUGGGGCGUGACUAUGAGCUUUGAAUUCAGCACCGGGUUUACACAGCCAUUUAUAGAAGCUGUCAGCCACCUCGCCUAAAAGAAGACCACUUCCUUUAACAUGAGAAAAAAAAAAAAAAGCUUUAUGAAAUGGAACAUUAAAAGGGACAGCGAACAGGGAAAAACAUCCGGGGAUGUGUUUUUGAACAGUAAAUGGCAUAUAUUUAAAGUGUGUGAGGUCGUCAUGUACUAACUAAAUUGAUCAAAAGACACCAUGCGUCAGGAUCUGGGUGGCUUACCACCACGACUUGAAAAAAAAUUCCUAGGGGAAAAUCCUGCAGUGGGUGGAAAACCAAAACCACAACAACAGCACAUCUGUUUCAGAGCACAGCAGAGCCAUGAUUCUUCAUCAGCCCAGCACCAGCCCAACAUGGGGUGCUGUCAUACAGGUCCUGAAGGUGUCAGUUGUAUUAGGGAGAAAGAAAAACUGACUCCUGAAGGAUCUCUGAUAUGCUGGUUCAUUAAACUUCUCCUGAAUAUUUUGUGUUAAAAAGAGUUAUAAAAAACUCUGACGGUAUAAACCUGUUACAGUCACACCAAAGUUAUUUGAGUUCAGUUUGUGGCACAUACCAACUUUGCAAUCAAGUGUCCUUAAAUCACUGUUGGUAAUGUUCUGCUUGUGUCCUCUUUCCUCUUGGCUUUUUUGUUUGUUUGUUUAAUUUUCUGAAUAAUGGCAAGUUUUGUUUUUACUUGUGUAAAAGUCUUUAACUUCCUGUUUUUCUUCCAGUUGAACUUUCUCAGAUAUAUCUUAA